AGGCAAAAUUAAUUUCUCAGAUCCUACAUCGUUCAGUGAGCUUUGUUACAAAGUGCGGUGGUGUCGGUUUCAUUUUACUUCUGUGUAUAUAUCGCAAAGUCUGAAUAUUUAGCUUUGUUGUGGAAAAUGGCUGGCAAAGGAGACGGAGAGGGUGAAGGAAAUAUCCUCAAAUUGGAAAAUCAGAUUGCCGUCAUCAAAUACGUGAUACUCUUCACUAACGUCUUGCAAUGGAUGAUCGGUGCUGCAAUCUUUGCUCUUUGCCUUUGGCUAAGAUUCGAACCGGGCAUUCAGGAAUGGCUCCAGAAAUUGGAUUCUCUACAAUUUUACAAUGGAGUUUAUGUACUUAUUGUCGCUUCGCUGAUCAUCAUGAUUGUGUCUUUUAUAGGAUGUAUUAGUGCCCUGCAGGAAAGUACCAUGGCUAUUUUACUGUACAUAGGCACCCAAGUGCUCGGCUUCAUAUUCGGUUUAUCUGGUUCUGCAGUUCUUUUGGAUAACAGCGCUAGAGAUUCCCAUUUCCAACCAUGGGUUCGAGAACGUAUGCGACUUCUAAUCAUGAACGCUCAUCACGAGCAAUCCCAACAAACACUCGCCAUGAUUCAAGAAAAUAUUGGUUGCUGCGGAGCAGAUGGCGCCCGAGACUAUUUGAAUCUUCAACAGCCAUUACCAAAUACAUGCAGAGACACAGUUACUGGCAAUCCUUAUUUUCAUGGUUGUGUUGAUGAACUCACCUGGUUCUUCGAAGAAAAAUGUGGUUGGAUAGCUGGUUUAGCAAUGACUGUAUGCUUCAUCAAUGUCCUUAAUAUCGUGCUUUCCAUCGUUCUAAUUCAAGCUUUGAAAAAAGAAGAAGAAGCUUCAGACACUUACAGAAAAUAAUGAGAAGCUUUUUUAUUAAUAUUAAGUUCGAUUUUUGUAUUUGAAGUAUGAAUUAUUGAAAAAUAUUUCAUACACUUAUUAUUAGUAACAAAAAUUUAGAUUGUUAGAAUAAGACAGACUGGUAUAUAUGAUUUGACAAUUAUCAUGAUUUUUUACGUAACAUAUCGCUUAAUUAUCUAUUGUACAUCAUUCAUUUAUAAUAAAAAGAAUUUAACUUACGUUACUUCGUGUCUCAAGUUCAUUUGAAAAUUUGGAACCAGUUAUCCGUUUAAUUCGUAAAAUAUGCAUUGAUUAUAGGAACUAACACGUUUGAAGCUUUGUUCAUUGAGGUAUAUUUUCAAAAACUGCUGUGUACAUUGUUCAUCCAGGUAUUUGUUUUUAAAAUUGUGGCUUUAACUGUAUUAACAACAUUAUAAAAAUCAUUCACAUUGUUUCUCUCCAACAAUUCAAUUUUUUGAUGUACGAUUUCAGCUCAUUGUUUAGAUUUUCAUCAUACAAUAACAAAACAUUCAUGUUAUGAAUGUAUUCAAAUAUUAUCCAAAGUAUAAAAGAGUUAACGAAGCGGCAAAUCCAAACAAUAAAUGGUAUAUUUAUUAUUAUUAAAGAUAGAUGGGAUUAAAUGAAGUUCAGACGUCGAACAUUUAUCCCAAAUUAGCAUUCAUCAACUUCCAGAUUGAAUCAUUCAUAGCAACAGUUUCAUUAUACUACAGUGAAAUACACAUAUGUAUGUAUGUAUCUUCAGUGUGUAUAGUUGAUCUAUGGAUCCCUCCCGUUUUAGAAAAUUUAGAAUCUGAGAUUUACCUAUCUGACAGAUAUCUUUGUCUCUUAUAUUAUAUGCUUCCAGGUGUUAUGCUCUGAGGAUCCGUACUCUCCCACAGUCCUAUAAAAUGUGGAUAAAGGCUUCGUAUUCAACGUAGCAGAUUUUGCACGUUGCACUUACUACUAAAACUAGCGUCUUCAGUUAUUCAUUGAGGUGGCAGUGCUUCGACAAGACUCUUGUUGGAUUCGUAGACCAAUCGUUAUUUCAAUAGCUUAGAAUUUCAAACUUAAAAUUUGAUUGUUUGUAAUUUUCAUCGACACUUCAAUUGUAUUCUACCAAAAGGAGGAUUAUCAAUGAGGAACUUUUAAGUUCGACCUGAUUUGUAAUUCAUUUCAUCAUAAUGUUCAAUAUUUCAUUGAUAUGUAGGGGAUUACAUUUUUACAAAAACAGUUAGCACAAUGAUCAUGGAUAAUUUAGAUUUAGCCCCAAGAGAAAGAUGAGAUAUAACUUACUAUCAAUGAGUUUCUCGUUGGUGUGAUCUCUCAGCGCUAGCGCUACCAAGCAGGAGCUUGGGUGAAUAUAGACGCCUCAUUUUCGACACAUCUACCAAUCUAGUACUUACAGUAGUGUAUACAUUGUAUGCGCGUAAUUCCGAUUCCUUCCGGUCCCACUAUACCAUUUAUUAUACCCUAACGCGUCAUCAUAAAAAGUGUAAACAUGUAUCGUACUUUCCUCAUGAUACUUAUACUUGAUGAAGCUAAUGUCAGAGAUUGAAGAGAAGUACUGAUGUUGUAGUAUGAGUGAAGGAAUCUUGUUGUUUGCGGCCAGUUGCGUUAAGCCCUCGUCCUCUGAACAAUUAAAUAGACGUUCUGUAUCUGAAAGUAAAGAUCUUAUGUCAUAAAAAUAUUACUGAAAUAUCUCAUUGAAAGAAAAUAUCGCAAAUAAAAAACUAUUAUUUUGGCAUGAAGCAAAAGAAAUAACUUGCUUCUGAAUAAUAUGUAUUGCAAUAUUGAUUGCAUUUCACAUAAAUACUUGGAAUAAUGGAUAAAUUUUUGGAAUAGUUUUAGGUUAUUUCAUUAUUUUAAUUCAAUUUUAUUAUUGUCCUGCCCUCUUUGAUCCAAAUGCAAAAGUAGCAAUAAUCCGGAAUUUGGAUUUUUAGCAAUAAAUAAUAGUGACAACAGAAGGCAGAACAAUCUCGAUAAACCCAAUACCAAAAAAUUCUACAGCACUAUUGCCAAACAUGAACUUUGGUUGAGAAAAGAUAUUUGAAGUUAUGUUUGUCUGUAUUCAAAUACAAUUUUGAAUACAGUUUUCUGUAAUUGGUAUAAUGAAACGUAAUAUUUAAAAACUUAUCUAAUAUUUUCUGUAAAUAAAUCGGUUCUCAUUGAUAAAAUAGUUUGAAUCGAUGCUAGAAACUCAAAAUAUUACUGAUACCUUCCAAUUCCUAAUUAUUCAUCAGAAGUUUGUAUUGAUACCAAAGUUGAUAGAGACUAGAGAGGGUUGAUACAUUUUUCAAUGAGCUUAAAAGUACUCGCAAAUCAUCAACAUGAAAGAGAUUUUGAAAAUAACUAUACACCAUACAGGUACGAAUAACAUUUGCAUUAAACAGUCUCAAUUUCAAUAAAGCAAACUACUAAUUUUUAAAAAAACAAAACCAAAGAAAAAUUUCAAACUACACAGAAAUUUCAAGAUUCUUUAAUGUAUCUCCUUUUUUGUUGAAUUUGAGGAACUGAUUUUCAUACACAUCACGAGAAACAAAGUGACGAUAAACUAUAAUUCCACAUAUUCGUUAACGAUUAUUGUACCGUUUAAAAAUUGCUCUUUUUCACGUUUAUUUUCAAAUUUCUUGUCAAUAUCUGUUUGAAAUUUUCCCACACGAUGUUUAUUUAAGGCUGUUUCACGACAGAUGCAGAUGGGUUUAGCGUCUAGUCACCAAUUUAAGUGGGAUUCUGAGUUGCUACGUCUACCCCAACAAAUUUAGGUGGCAAAUUUGAAAAUGUAAAAAAGCUCCCAAACUAUCAACCCUCCCCAGUCUUUGUUGCAUUCACAAGAAAUGUUGAAUUUCAAAAAGUUUCGCUUUUGUACCAAAUUUUAUAUGAAAUUUUUGCUUCGAUUGAAUUUAAAUUCUUCAUUCAUGACUACCUUUAAUUGUGUUACUCAAUUUGGAAACCAAAACGUUUAUUGAAUAGAAAGCAUCCUUUAAUUUGGUUGGAAACGAAUUAAUAGGUCAAUUUGUCGUUUAACUUAAAGCUGAGAACUGAAUUAUUUCUUUUUUAUUUAUAAUUGAAUUAGAUAGUUGAAAUUAGAUAUAAUUGAAUAAAGUAAAUAUGAAUCUUUAUGAGAUACAAAUUAUAAAUUACGAGUACCAAUUUAUUAUCACUUCUUUUUGAUUUAAUACUUUUUAAAUAACCUGUAUCACAACAUCAUCAUAAUAAGAGUGAUUGAAUGAUAUGUAUUAUAACAUUUUCCAUUAAAUAUAUUUUAGAAGUAAGGAA